AUGUUCCACCCACUUCAUUGGAGGCCUCCCUCCAGCAUUUAUUCCUACUACACGAAUACUGCCCGCUUCAUCGGCUACAAAGGGAAACUACAACUUGUUUGGCAAAAUGAGAAGUCCUUGAAAGACAGGUACCAGUGGCUGCUCACCUGGCUACGGAAAGGAACAGAGCAAUGUCCAAGGCAGAAAAACCUACUCUCACUACUGGCCAACCAGUGCAGCUAUGUGACCGGCCAAAGGGUCCAGCGUGCUCAGCAGAUUGGACAGCUGUACAGUAACAUCUACUCUGAGAGAACACGCAAAAGCCUCUUCACCUCCUUGUGGCGCAAGUUCCUAGGGCGUUAUACCAGUGCCUGCAAACUGAUGGCAGCCGUCACUGGUGUCUUCUUGUGGGAAGAGGAGAGGAUCAAAGAAGAGGAGCUGAAAAGGUGGGUCUUAAUUUUCCUUCUAAGGGCCAUUGUAGGCAGAAAACAUUGUGUGCUCUUUAAUUUUGUGGAUAACAUGGCAUAUUCCUUUUAUUUCUGUUUUCAUGUUUUGCUCUGAAAAUAGUAUUUCAAUUUCUUUGAUCUGUAUUUUUGGAGGCAGUUCCAGAUGAGGUGGAAUAUUUACAUCGUGCUUCCCUCCCAAAUAAGUGUUUGUUGCUCUAUGGAUGACUGUACAAACAUUAUCUUUUUCUCUGUCAAAUGAAACUUGUGACUGAGUUGGGGAGGGGGAGCCUUGUCCCUUUAGUGGCACAAUAGUUCUUCCGGGUCUACUGGACAACAGUGGGGCAUGACUGACCAGCUCCUGGCUUGGAGGACUGGCCAGUGAUUCUUUUAUAGUGUCCUUUGAAUAAUAGGGCUGUGUGUGAUCUUGCUGCAGUUUGAAGUUGGCAUUUCUGUUAAUUGGUAUUCAAAAAAAUUAUAAGUCAUCCUCGGCUAGGAAUAUUUAAAUACUCAAGCAAAGUGAUAAUAGGUAGAGAGGUGAUAGAUGGGUAGUAAUAGGUGUGAUGGCUUAUGGCUUACAGUCAAGGUGCAGAGGUUUCAUCAUCCUACAUAGUCUCAAAUAGCUGAAAUUGUGUUUUCUAAACUACUGUAAGGAGCUGGAGUCAGGCAUAGUUCAGCAAUAAAACACCCGGCUUCAGUUAAGUUAACUCUAUUCAAAGAAACCAAAACAGUACAGGCUUUCCCCCAGUAGGUCUUUCCCAAAUUGUGGCAGUUGUGAAGACUAAAGAUCCCUGCCUUUCCACUGCUGUCUAAGGUUCCUUCCCCAGCAAACUAAGGCUCCUUCGUCUUGUUUCUCUAUGCUCCACCCUCUUCAUUUCUCUGUGUCUUCUAGGACACCAGGGGGGAAGAGAGCUGAUCACAGCAGGACCAGCCUGCCUCCACUUGCUCAUUGAGCCCUGCUACCUCUUCAGCUUCUGACACAUCCUCCCCCCAAUCUGCUCCCUCUUCUCCCUUUGACCACCUGUCCUCAUCCCAUCACCAGGCUCUGAGCCUUCUUCCUGUGGGGGUUCCCCAACUGGGCCUCCCACCACUUCUAUGCAUCCAACCAGUCCAUGACAACUACAUAUCUAUUUUGAACACCAGUAAACGAUACUAUGAUUGGUUGGCUCUAGAUAGGUUGGCCUAACAAUUUAGCACUAGUUAACUUUCCUUUUAAAAUCUACCACUUUUUUCUUCACUAUACUAUUUACCCCCUGGUGCAUUUUUUUUUAAAAAAAAACAGAAGUGUUCUGCUCGGAUGUGUGGCUUUUGGGAUUAUUAUUGCCUGUAUUGUACAUUUUUUUUUGGGGGGGGGGUCAAUUCCAGAUUUAGUAGCGGGUAUAUAAGGCCUGUUGAGAAUCUCCCCUGACCUCAGCGGGGCAUCUUUAAAUGAAACAUCUUGUGCAGCUGUCCACAGGCAGUGAAGGAUAGACUACAGACUCUGUAUUUGGAAAUGGCUAAUCUCCAAAGGCUAGACUGUAAUUUGUGAAGGAGGAUGUUACCCUAUAACUAAAUCUCAUUUGGAUGACUAUGAAUCUGCCCUUUAAAAGUGUUCGGAAAUUUUAGUUGGUCCUGAAUGCUGAGGACAGGGUCCAUUUUGGAGAGCACAUGACUCUAUUGUUUGAAUAAUAUAACUGACACUGGAGGCAUUUCCAGGAAAAAAAAUCACAGUGCUUUUUAUGGCUUUUAAAGCCCCAAAUGGCUUAGGAUCAAGAUACUUGAUGGAUUCCCUUCCUCUGUAUGGAAGUGCUUUGCUUCUAAGUCCUCUCUCAGAUUUGCCCCCUCCUUGCCAUCUGCUGCAAUAGAACUGUAAGAAGGGCCUCUUUUUCCUCCUUCCACCCCACCUCUGUAAACUACAAGCUGGGGCAUACAUUGAACUUUUUGUUCAAGCAGGUCUGUGACUUGAGGGGGUGAUUGUUUGCCUUCUGCAGAUUUUUAUUAGUGGCUGCUCUCUUAUUUUGUUCUGUUGUUGUUGGAGGGCAGGGUUGCGGGGUACAUUGUGUGUGCUAGCUGCCGUGUGUGUGCAGUGUGGGGAGCUUGGGUACACAUUUAAUAAUAAGAAUGUUGUCCUGAAGGAGCAAUGUGGCUUACUUGAUGUUUGAUUGUGGGGAGGAAUGGCAGGAUUUCCCAAAAGGUGACUUUGAGGCAGUGAGAGGGAAGGAAGGAAGGUCAUGUCCACAGAGCAUUCGCUGAGCCCCUUGCCCAUGAGUAGUUACAAGACUCCAUAAUGUUCCAUGUUGAGGCCUCUUUGGACUCCACAAGUCUUCCCCUCCCUUGCUACCAUCCUAGUCAACCUCUUUAUUUGAGCACUAGAUAGGAAGGAGUUUCACUCCUCUGAUUGGGUAUUUGGGAUCAGAAUUGUUCUAUCAACUCUUGUCAUGAGUAGCUAGCUGUGUGUGUAUGAGUACGCUUGCAAGCAUUUAGCUAAUUAUGGUAAAGAGUGGAUCACGAUAGAUGGGGUGAGUGAUUAGUAUCUGGGAUAAAGAGAAUGGAGUCUGGUUUACAGUAUUUCAACAGCAGCAAAAACACCCUAGGAGAAUCCUCAUUGGAUGAUGUGUUUAGUAGCCUGUAAAACCAAUUGCACUGUCAAUGGAAACUUUUUGCAGCUGUUAAGUGGCAGAUGAUAUUGUGGGAACAGGAUAGGUCUGCAUAUCGCUUGGGGAUGAUGAGAUGAUGGUGGUAGGAGUAGUAAUAAUAAUAAUAAUUUUAUUAUUUAUGCCCCAGCCAGCCUGGGCGUCUUCCAGCACAUAUAAAAACAUAAUAAAAUGCCAAACAUUAAAAAAUUCCUGAUACAGGGCUGCCUUCAGGUAUCUUAUAAAAGUUGUGUAGUUCUUUAUUUCCUUGACAUCUGAAGGGAGGGUGUUCCACAGGGAGGGCGCCACUGCCAAUAAGGCCCUCUGCCUGGUUCCCUGUAAUUUCACUUAUUGCCGCGAGGGAACCGCCAGAAGGCCCUUGGAGCUGGACUAUCCUUGAACCAUCUUCAUUCUCCCAAUAAGGGAAGUAAAAUAGGGCUGGUAAUUCCUCCCCUUAAAUCCCAGUUUGAGGGGAUUUUGCUGUUUGUCAUGCAGAGGUGCAGUUUAUUUUCAGUUUAAACUAUCUUUGCAACCAGAAAUAUGGCUUCCCAUGCCCUCUCUGGACUCGCCUUCGCACUGAGUUCUAAAAGUAUUUAAUAUGCCACAUAACAACAGUUUUCUGUAAGUGACUUAACUGUUAUAAAAACAUUGAAAUCAUUACGUCCACCAGUGAUUCAUUGAGUUAAUAACCAGCAAUAGACCCAUCACUCUAAUUUAUCUCUAAUUCUCUUGCAAAACAUGUCUCUCCCGUAUUGGUCUCUGCAGCCACAACAGGCACUGUAACUCCAACGGUUUGACUUUACCCCAGAUGGUGCACUCUUCCAUUGUUUCUUGAGGCAGACGGAUGCCAACAACAACCUAGAGGUAAAAACCUGGGAAUGGCUGGCUUGCCUUCCAGACCCUCCUCCUCCUCCUGGAUCCUAAGAUGCUGCAAAGUGCCUGCAUCAGACAUCUCUGUGUGUCAGACAUCUGUGUGGUGGACUCUCUCUCCCUUUGUGACCCCUAGUGUUCUUCAAAGAUUUGAUGGCAGCACCCUCUUAAUGAUUACAUUCAUGAAUCUGGUUCAGAGAUUAAAAGCGUGAAGGAAGCUAGCUAUUCAUGGUGCAUGUUUGGCAUGCAAUCUCUCUCUCUCUCUCUCUCUCUCUCUCUCUCUCUCUCCCUCUCUCCCUCUCUCCCUCCCCCCCUCUCCCUCCCUCCCUCCCUCCCUCCCUCUCUCUCUCUCUCUCUCUCUCUCUCUCUCUCUCUCACACACACACACACACACACACACACAGUUUUAGAACGUCCUACUGCAGACUGCAGAAGUGCUCAGCUUUAGCCUUUUGGAAGCAUGUUUGGUUGGCCUCUGGGACUUACAGCUGAAUUGGGAAAUUUCAAUGAAAUUUCAGCUUCAUUAGUUUGCUGGUGCGAGUGGCUUUUUGCUACCCUGCCUCCUACCAUCAAGAUGGACUGCAGUCUUCAAGUAUGUGCCUGUAAGGGGGCGGUGGCUGGUAAGAACUUUUUGUACUGCUAUGAGGCUAACUUUACUCGAACUCACCAUAAGUAGUGUUUAAUAUUUUGACAUGCUCUCAGCUUUUAUAGAGAGGAACUUGUUUAUCGAUGUGUUGGAAAACCUGUUCUUGACCCAGUCUAAGGGAAUCUACUGGGUAACCUUUUCAGAUAUUAGCAUACAGUGGUACCUCUGGAUGCAAACGGGAUCCGUCCCGGAGCUCCGUUCGCAUCAUGAGCAGAACGCAACCCGCGUCUGCGCGUGCGCAGGUCGCGAUUUGCCACGUCUGCGCAUGCGUGUGACAUCAUUCUGAGCGUCUGCGCAUGCACAAGCGGCGAAACCUGGAAGUAACCCGUUCUGUUACUUCUGGGUCGCCGCGAGAUGCAACCUGAAAAGAUUUAACCCGAAGUGUCUUUAACCCGAGGUAUGACUGUAUUGCUGACUUCAGCUCUCUGCAUGUUUAAGCCUUGUGUAAAUGUUUCAUCCUUUGUGUAAUCAUGCUCAAGUUGCAGUGUCCCAAGAGGCCACCUGAAACCAGCACUUCCUUUUGUUAAGGCUUCUGUCUCUAGUAACAAGGUCAAGAUUAAGCAGCUGUACUCUUCUUAUCUUUUCUAGCAGCUUCCAAAAUAACAUAGUAUCAGUGUCUUCCUUUGCUGCCAUCAUCAACUUGCUUUUGGUGGGCUGUGAGAAUUGCACAGCUGAUGAAUGACUGACAAACAAACAAACAAACAAACAAACAAACACAUUAUGUAAUAAAACCUCUAUGAAGCUUCAAUUCUGGGCCCUCUGCUAAGAAGUAUUAGAUUGCCAGGCGCUAGAGAUGCAGCCUUCUCAGUAGUGGCCCCAUGCUUAUGGAAUUCCCUCUCUAAGUAGCUACAUUUGGCCCCUACAUGAAUUACUUUAAACUGGUAGUUAUCUGCCACUGUUGUUUUAGUUUGCUAUUUUUGCUGCAUGCAUUUAUGUGUGUGUACUGUUGGUAUUAUACUUAUCUGACAAUAUCUCUUUUAGAUGUGUUACUGUAUUUUUAGAUUAUGCUUUCAUUUUUUAAUAGUUUGUAAUGUAUUCUGGAUUGUGUUUUGAGCUGCCUUGAGUGGAGCAACCCUGAAAGGCAGCCUUUAAGUACCUAAAUAAAAAAAUUCCUUUAUCCUUGAGGAUAGAACUGUACAAGAGCUAGGUGUGAAUAAAUUAGUGCAGAGGCCCAGCAGCCCAGGAUGGAGCUGUGCAAGCUCCAUUGAAGUGAAUAAGAUUUGGGCAAGAGUUAUCUUGUCCAAGUGUCAUAUGAUCAUGGGAGCAACCACAGAGUCAAGACCAUUGCUCCCUCUAGUCCAGUGUUUCCUACACUGCUUAGUAGUGAUUUCAGACAGGAUGCUCUCUCAGCCCCCUAACUGGAAGUGCCAGGGAUUGAACCGGUGUUCUUUUGCAUGCAAAGCAUGUGUCCUACUGCUAAGGUAUGAUCCCUCCAAUACUUAGUAAUCCUUCUACCUAGGAUUUUCUGACACAUCUUUUGCAACUGCACUACCCUGCAAAACACCUGAUUCACCUGGCAGCAAAAAUAUUUUUCGUUAUAUUUUAUUUUAUUUUAUUGAUGCCGGGUGAAUCAGGGUCUACAGGGCAGCGUGGCAGCAAAAGACACAUCUUUUGCUACCUUGCAAAACUCCUGAUUUGCACAGCUGCAAAAAAGAAAUUUCUUUUUGCUGCUGCGCUGCUGGGUGAGUCAGGUGUUUCGCAGGGAUAGCAUGGCAGCAAAAGACGCACAUCUUUUGCUGCCGCUAUGUCCAGCAGACCAGCUCACUGCAGCCAGGCAGGUGGAGAUGCUAGGCACAAAGGGUGGUGCCCAGCUAGUUUGGAACACUGGAUAGACACGAUUGAAAACGCUCCCACCACAGGAUACCCAUUCCUCCAAAACAAACUUAGGAAAACCAUCCACUAUUUCAUCACACAGUCCAAAACCUAACAAAAACUUGACGAUCCAAAGGCUUAUAUUGCCUAACAGGCUUCUACAAAAAUAAUAAACCCAUACUGACACAAGAAAUACAGGACAAACUAGGGGACACCCCAAUGCCCUGGCUAACACACUGCCAACUGCAUGCUUCUUAAACAACCCAGCAGUAAAAAUAGCAGCCACUAAGCCUUUGACCACCUUUGAAAACCUUCUGCUGACAGUAGAGGGACAUGGCAAGGGGAUGGCAUCCACAAUGUACAAAGACUGCUCCAGAAUCCCACAACCCCCCCCCAUCUCAAUCAGAAAACAAUGGGAGCAUGACAUAGGCUACAAAAUAAACUUUACCCAAUGAACUAAACUCUGGUCUAAACCUCCCUUUAAAUCCAUCUCAGCCAAAAGAAGGGAACUCACCUUGAAACUUACCUAUACUGUAGAUAUUACAUAACACCAUGUAAGUUGGCGCUGAUACACCCAGGAACCUCACCAAAAUGCUGGAGAGGCUGCACCUCUAUUGGUACAUAUCUCCCAUGUGUGGGAUUGCCCCAAAAUUCAACCCUUUUGGACACCAGUCCUACAAUAAAUAUGCAAAAUAACUAAACAGGUAUUAGAAUCCACCCCAUAACUAGCUCUGUUGAAUAUUUUCCAAGAUGGGCAAGGAUGUCAGGGAUUCUUAAAUGAAAUAAAUGAUAAUACUGGAAAUGGGUGUUAUUACACAACACAAUUGUGGACUUGGUGCUGCUCAUGCAUACAUCCUGCUUGCAGCUUCCACACAACAUUGGCCCUCAUAAAAAUGCCAUCCCAUUCCCCAUCCCAUUUCUAAACCAAAGAAUCGGAGUGAUUAUGGUAAUCUAAGCUGUCCUGAUAGGUUGAAUCAGACUGAGCAAGCCCUGACUGAUGACUGUUGUCCUCCUUUCAUCACAAGGUCUGCAGAAGAGAUGAAACGCAUGGAAGAAAUCAGUGUGUUCCAGAGUAACAAAGGAAUGAGCCAGACACAGGAGCCAAAGGACGCAGGUUCUGUUUCCAGGGAGCAGAGCUGGGAAAUGGUGAUGGACAAGAAGCACUUCAAGCUAUGGCGGCGCCCGAUUGGAGGGACUCAUCUGUAUCAGUACCGAGGUAGUUCCUGCUUCUUCCUACUUGGAAGCCCAUUUGUGUGGCAAGAACACUUGAAAAAACAACAGCAAACUUGUUAAGGGGCUUUCAGAAGAACACAGACAAAAAAAGGGGAUAAAAACAGUUAUUUUUAACCUGGGCUGGGUUCAAGGCCUUUUUUUUAAUCAGCAGAAACAAACUGAAAAGUCUCUGCAUUUGGGUGGGGGGGAGAGAAAUGCACAGGAAAUGCAGUACCCCUCGGUCCUUGCCCCCAAUUCCUUGAGCCCCUUGCUUGCUGGAGAGUUCCAGGGAGACCCUUGCUUGUGCUGCAGUUUGGCUGAGGAAGGAAAUGGCAGGAGGGACACCUGCAGUUUAUUUCUUAGCCGGGCUGGAGGCUGUGGGUAUCUUUUCUCACCAGAAGGCAAGCAGAGUGAGGAAAUUUGGUGUGGACACCUGCUUGUUCAGGGGAAACACCAUAGAGGAUGCAUGGUUUACAAGUUUGCUGGUAGCUGUAGAGUUAGUCUGCAGGUGGACAUGAAUUGGAAAAGUGGCACUGUCUUAUGGGCACUAUGUAAACACACAUUAGAAUUGUAAACAGCAAGAAAAAAAGAUGUCAUCUUCAUGGGAGGAUGGGGUUGGAGACUCGCUUGAUGAGAAGCAAAGAGAUUAGCAUGUACAGAGUAACUGAAAUCCAUGCAUUAAUCGUAGUAGUAGUAGUAUUAUCACUGCCAGCAGUAAACUUGUUAGUCACUUAUUGUUAAACUUAUUAGUUGUAUUAGACUUACAUUUUAACAAAAACAUAAAUGCAUUAUACUGUAGAAAAACCAUCAUAUAGAACAUUAACAAUUUACAAAAACAAUUUAUGUCUUGUCGUUCCUUUGUAGUCUUUGGGACAUACACAGAUGUGACACCUAGGCAGUUUUUCAAUGUGCAAGUGAGUAUUUUCAUCCCUCUUCCAUGCCCCUCACUGACUGAAGGAUGUCUCUAAUGUAGCCUUCACCAACCUGGUGCCCUUGGACUACACCUCCUGUCCAUUUUGUGCUGGUUGAAGGUGAUGGGAAUUGUAGUCUAAAACACCUAGAGGACUCCAGUUUGGCAAAGGCUGGUGCAAUGAAGAUUCAGCUCAUAUUGUGUUUUGAAUGCCCCUGUUCUUGCUGCUGUUCCUGUUCAUUGAGAUGUCCGACUACUAGGGGGAGUAGUGAUCUCAAUUUCCUCUGCCAGGAGCACCAGCAGCCAACAAUCCUGGCUGCAGUAAUUGGUCGUGGUUGGUGGGAGAGCCAAGAUGAAGUGCAGCUCCACCUUUCCAAAUAAUAAUAAUAAUAAUAAUAAUAAUAAUAAUAAUAAAUUUUAUUUAUACCCCGCCCUCCCCAGCCAAGGCCGGGCUCAGGGCGGCCAACAACCAAUAAUAAAAAUGAGUUGAAUGAAUACAACUUAAAAUCAAGAUUAAAAUACAACAUUAAAAUGCAGCCUCAUCACAGGAGGACAAAAGAAAAAGAAAGAGGGGGAGGGAAUCAAAUUGACUCCAAGCCAAAGGCCAGGCAGAACAACUCUGUCUUACAGGCCCUGCGGAAAGAAAUCAGAUCCUGCAGGGUCCUGGUCUCAUGAGACAGAGUGUUCCACCAGGCCGGAGCCAGUGUUGAAAAAGCCCUGGCUCUGGUUGAGGCUAAUCUGACUUCCUUAUGGCACGGGACCUCUAGGGUGUUGUUAUUUAUGGACCUUAAGGUCCUCCGUGGGACAUACCGGGAGAGGCGGUCCCGUAGGUACGAGUGUCCUAGGCCGUGAUGAUGUCCUAGGCAUCAUCCAAAUGAUGCCUCCCCCAGGUUUUCUGUGCCUUUGGACAUGUCUGGCCAUUCCUCCUCUUCUGUAAAUGGGGAUCCUGAAAGCUUUGUACUAAAUGCUAGUACCUUCUUUUGCUCCCUAUAACUGAGUUCUGAUUCUUACUUGCAUUCCUUGGAAAUAAAGGGAAACUGGACUCAGAGUUAAUACCUUUUGUAGCCAAGGUGAGGGUCUUUGGGACGAGCUUCUCCACCUGGCGCAGCAAGCUCAAGUGACAUCGCUUCAUUGCCUCCCCUGGGUGUUUGAAAUGCAGAUUAAUCCAGGAGGCAUAAAACCCAUCUUGCCUCUUAGUGAAUUGUCACAGUAUUUCAUCAUUUCUUAGUUGGCACUUCGACAAGUGAGAAACAAAUUGUACGAUCAUCUGAAGGGAACUCUUCUGGAUUCUUAUCUUCUAGCUGGAUACAGAAUAUCGAAAGAAAUGGGACUCACUAGUCAUCAAACUGGAGGUGAUUGAGAGAGACCAGGACACUGGAUCAGAGGUUAUUCACUGGGUAACUCAUUUUCCGGUGAGUGUUUCUUUCUCUGGCUUCCAUAUAAUGACACUGGUGUGUUGAUGGCAGCUGCUCCAGGAUAACGGCUGUGUCUUCUUCCUUUCAGUAUCCAAUGUACUCGCGGGACUAUGUGUAUGUGCGACGGUACAGUGUGGACCAGGAGAACAAUUUGAUGGUGCUUGUCUCACGGUAAGGGAUCCUGGGCCAAGUGGAAGAUACAGCUGCAUUUAUUCUGCAAAUUAAACUUCUCUAUAGAGCUACUUACUUUGCAUAAUUCUGUCCUCAAGGUUUGGAGAGGUUAUGGGGGGAAAUGCUGGGAAAUCAAAGGAGAUGAAGACAUGAAAAUUGCAUCUGGAGGUAUAAUCUACUUGCCCUACAGCUGGUUGCACCUGAUAAUACCUAUAUGUUUGAGAUAUAUUUAUAUUGUAAUACUUUUUGAUUGGUUUAGAUGAACUUUCCUCACUACUCUUCUAAAAAUCUUUGAGCUGUGGAAUACGUUCAACUUGCAGUAUUUUAAUAUAUUUGUUUAUUUGUUUGUUUAUUUAAUAUAUUUGUGUCCAUUCUGUUUCAGUUUAUUUAUUUUUAAUUAUUACCUUUUAUAUGUAUUUAGCUUUUCAUAUUUUAUCUACAUUAACUUGUGUAAGCCGCCUUGAGUCCCAGUUUGGGGAAAGGUGGGACAUAUAUUCUUACUCAGAUUAUAAUAUUUAUUUAACUGUGAUGAAUUCUGCACAUAGAGCUGAGGGGAAUUUUGAAGUUUUUUUCCUGAAAUGUUUGUCCUUUCUCCUGUUUGGUUGCCAGAGCGGUUGAACACCCAAGUGUCCCUGAAGAUCCCGAAUUUGUCCGUGUUCAAACCUAUGAAUCUCAAAUGGUUAUCCGCCCUCACAGUUCGUUUGAUGAGGUGAGUGCCCAACUUUUACAGGAGAAAGUUUGUUUGGGUGGUUUUUCCAGAACUAUCUACCCAAGAGGCGAGACUGAACCAAGUGGGAGUCAUUGAAUUAAAAUACCCAGUUUUUUAAACUGUGUUGAGUCUAACUUCUAAUGUGCCCUGUAUUGUAUGACUUCUGGAGAGACCCAUAUCAAGGCCUCAGAGUAUGAAAAUGCAUUUGGAAGGUCCCCUCACCUAGAACACUGUGGCUGAUCUGAAUUCCUACAAAGGUGUUGAGUGUGUCUUGAAAAGGGGUGGUUAAUUUUCUAUGGGCCUGUGGUGCAGCACCACUGCAUAAGAUCAGCCCACCUCGUCUAGCAUCCUGUUCCCACAGCGGCCAACCAGAUGCCUCCUAUGGGAAGCAUGAAAGGAGGAUCUGACCUGAGCACAGCUGCAUGCUCCCCACUUGAGAUUUCCAGCAACUGCUAUUCAGCGGCAUACUAAUAGUGGAGCAUAGUGAGUGUGGCUAGUAGCCAUCAAUAGCCUUAUGCUCAGUGAUCUUGUCUAAUCCUCUUCCCUUCAUUUUGUUAAAUUUCAAAUAUAAACAACAUGAAUAACCUUAUCCCACACAGAUGAGUACAACUUAUCAUGUCUGAAUGAAAGCAAUUCCAAUCAUAAUGCCCAUCUUAUAAAUAUGUCUUCCCAUAGAUGACCAUGAGAUGUUUGUCCUCUGCGUCCAUUUUCUUUUGUCACAGCACAACUAAUAAAACACCAUAAAACUUCUCAUUUCUUCAUUCUUGUAGCUUGUUGGUUAAUUUCCUUGAGGACCAGGUCUUAUAAUUGUGAAAAGCAAGUUUCCAUCAAUUUUGUAUUUAGCUUUGUUUGGGAAAUUGUUCUUUUUGCUGCUGUCAUGGUGUGAACAAAAAUAUAUUUUGGGGUAAGGUCUUGGGCUUCUGAAUCAUGUAUUGACCAAUGAGCAAUCUUUGCAUCUAAAUAGUUGUUUGAUUAGUAAUCAUUUCAGCCUUGUGAAAUACUUUUAUCCAAAAUCACUGGACAGGACCACCACUUCUAAUCCUCUUCUGAAGCCGUCCAAGUUUAUGCCCAUCAUUACCUUCUGGAGAGUAGUUUCUAUUGUUUAAGUGUACACUGUGCAUAUCUUUUCUUUUGUCUGCCCUGAAUACUUAGAUGCUAAGUAUGGUCAUGCCUUGGUCCUCGGACAUUUUAGCUCCCAAACGCCGCAAACCCGGAAGUGAGUGUUCUGGUUUGGGAAUGUUCUUUGGAACCCGAAUGUCCGACGGGGCUUCCAUGACUUCUGAUUGGCUGCCAAGCUUUUACUUUUUGGGGAGCUAUUGCAGCACAGUGCCUUGAAUGCAAAAGAUCCCACGUUCAUACCCCAGUGCCUCCAGUUAAAAGGGCUUCAGUCAGGAAGCAUUGUUAGGGGGAGCCUCUCUUUGCCUCCUGAGACCCUGUAUAGCUAUUGGCUGUCAGGAUGGACAAUACUAUAAAAAUACUCCAGGACUGGGAACAUCUGGCUUCUGGGCCCUCUCGGUUAAGCCUACCAUGCCCUUUUGGGCAAAUGUGUGCCUGCUCCUGGCUUGAAAUGUGAACCAUGUGAUGUCAGAUGAUUUGCAGGUGGAUAAAGCCUGUGUAUAAAAUCUAGUCUUGCUGUUGCAUGAGGCAAUGCCAUGCUCAUAAACUUUUUUGCACCUCAGAAGGCCAGAUGGGAGCUAGCCUCCUUAACAUACACAGUUCCCUUAAACAUUUUAUGCCAUUUCCAGAUGAUUCAAGCAGAACACAUCAGUUCUGUACUGCAGGGGUUGUCACUAUGGCACCCACUGCUGCUUUCUCUGGGACUCAUAGAGGUCCCUAUCCCCACUAAAAUUAGUCUUGAAAGAAGCAGUUUGUUGCAGCCCAAGAAAACGGGGUGUGGUGUCUGCUUGAGGCCUAUGACAGGUUCUUCAGUUUGCAAGUAUGCCACAGGCCCCCAAAAGCUAGCAGCCCCUGCCAAAUGGAUUACGGACUGGCUACUUAUUUGUGUUGGUGCUACGUUUUUGAGAAGUCAGGUUCUCCAAGAAUUGCCUUUGUCCAUUAGAACCUUGAGUUUGGUGGUCCUGGAGUGUGGUUUUUCUUCUGUUAAUUGUUUCCAUGCUGCCUUAGUCUUUCUAGCGGUUCUGCUUUGGUUUGUGUUUUUCAUUUUUUGUCCAUGGCUUUAUGUAGAAGUGUAUGUGAGAAAUUGAAUGAAUAAAGGGAUGGAGUUGUCCUUGCUGGUCAACCUCCCAGGAUGGGCCUGCUAACUCCCUUUCUCUUUUCAGAAUGGCUUUGACUACCUGCUAACGUACAGUGACAACCCGCAGACAGUGUUCCCCCGGUACUGUGUCAGCUGGAUGGUCUCCAGUGGUGAGUCACAGCAUUGGGAUCUCUCGGUUUAACAAGCAAAAAAACCUUGUUGACCAGAGGAACUCUCUGCCGGCAGAUGUGUAAUGCUUGCCGUGGGAUCAAAGAGUUCUCAUUUUUCAAAUCAAGAUGCUGAAGAAGGCCAUCUCUGAUAACCUUCCCUGCCAGAUACAUGGAUUAAAUUAUCAGUGACAAAAUACUCCCUUUGUAAUGGCAGGGACUGAUGGCGAGGUGCAGUCUAAAUCAUCAGGAGGGCACCAGGUUGUCAAAUGCUGCUAUACAAGGGCCAUUCAAAGGGGUUUGACUUGAAGUGACUGCUGUGUUCCUUGGGGAUUCCUUGGUACCAGCACCUUCCUGACAUAAGCAGUCCUUUAGAUCCUAAGAUCAAAGGUCCUGAUCCAGCAUGAUGGCUCGUAGGGCUGUAUUGUUCUGCAGCACUGCUGGUCACUGUGCUUGGUGUUUGAGGGCUGUUUGCUUCUGUUUUAGAAAGAUGAUUCCUGAACCCUUAGAUGCUUUCAUCAGAGUGCUUUCACAGGAGAUACUCAUGGUCCCUUUUGAAUUACUACAUAUAACUUUUUUAAAGUACCAGGCAUAUCCAGGUUUAUGUGGAAGCAACUGCCCACAGACUUUGUGGGAUUUGCCCUUGAGUUUGCCUGGGCUUAACGCCUCCCUCCAUUUCUUAAAGCACCAAAGAGGCCACACUCUGUGGAUGCCAUGGGUAUCGCAAGUCCACAUGGCAAAGUCAGCAGCUGAUGGCCGAUGUUACUGUCUUACACACGGAAGAUGGCACAGGCCUUCAGUGAGUCCCAGAACAAAGUGCCCUGAGAGGCACAACCAUGAGGUUUAGGGACAGAUUUUUUUUUUAAUGUUUAUUUACUUACUUCCCCGUGUUUAUAAUUUGCCUGUCACCUAAUGGUCCCAGGGUGGAAAAUUAAACAAUAAAAUUAAAAGCAGCCAGUAUAAUAUCCAUACAAAUAAAGCAGCAGCAAUAAAAGUCCAAACCAGUGUGCCUUGCCUUUCCCCCAAAAGCCUGAGCAGGGAGGUGCAUCUUCAGCUGAGAAUGAAAUAAUGACACUGUCAUGGUGAGAUGUUCUUCAGAGGGCAGGUCAUUCCAGAGGCACUGGGCCACCACCAGGAGAGCCCAACUGUGGAUCACCACCCCAGAUAUCUCAUUGGGUGAGGGCGCUUCUAACAGGGCUUUCCCCACAAAUCUUAAUAUUUAGGCAGUAUGGGAGCAGGCAUUCUUUCAUGUUCUAGGGACCCAGGUAGUUUUGGGCUUUCAGUACUAACAUAAGCAGUGUAACUUUGUCCUGGAAGAUGAUAGGCAUCCAGUCUGAUCAAAAUUGGUGCUGUGUGCAGCCGUGUUUUGUACUAAUUGCAGCUUUCUGACCAUUUUCAACAGAAGCCCCAUAGAACACAUUGCAGUACUCCAGUGUGGAAGUUACCAGGGCAUGGGGAUAACUUUGGUUAAGCUUUCUCUGUCCAGGAAUAGUCAUAGUUGGUGCAACAGCCAAAGCUGACCAUAUGCAGUCCUACCCACUGAGGCCACCUUGGUCUCAAGUGACAGAUGACUCAAGGAACACCUCAAGGAACUGUGCAUCUGUUCCUUGUGAGGGAGGGGCAGGAUUCAACCCCAUCUAGAAGUGGCUGACCUACCAGUUCCCAGACUUGAGACCUGCCCACCCACAGAACCUUUUUCUUGUCUGUAUUCAUGGCCUUAGCAAAAGUAUGUAAUCCUUUUAUGCUGAGAGUUUGAUAUGGGCUGACUUCUCUGUUAUUCCUCCUUUCUUUCCUUUUCAGGCAUGCCAGACUUCCUGGAAAAACUGCACAUGGCAGCUUUGAAAGCCAAGAACAUGGAAAUCGAAGUGAAGGACUAUAUCUCUUCCGCCAAGUCCCUGGAGUCUGGCAGCAAUGACAGCAAGGAGGGGAAGGCCAGCAUGCCCAGCCAGGAUCACAAAGGUGAAGGGACCUGCAGCCCUAUUCAGAUAGACUAUGCUUAA